UAUUUUUUAGUCUGCAUGUUUUAGAUCUGCAUUAACUUUUAUAUUAGGCAAUUCAUUUUCAAAAAAUGUCAUCAAAUUUCAAAUAUACUUUAACAAAGAUUUUCAAAAACUAUAAUAAAUAUGUGCCUGAAUUACAAUCAACUGUUGUAUUACGGAGUAUUAUUCAACUAUGCAUCAACUACAUCGAAGUAAAGUCUUGUUCGCAAGAAAUACUAAAUCGGGCAAUGAUCAAAAUGCAAACGGCGGAUCACGAUGUUCCAGAACAUUUUUACGAACUUUUUGCAGCGAUCCUUCAGCUUAUUAAAUUAUACUUACGAUAUCCUAAAGGCAUAGUGAAAGAUGACGAAUUGAGAGAAUCGCUCAAGGAAAUUCGGUUUCGAGAUGAAUUUAUAGAAGAUAUUAUCAGGACUGUGAACCAGUAUCGUGAUUCGUUGAGUUUGAGUUACCGGGAAAUGCGGAAUCUUAGAUCAUUACCGAAACGGAUAGUUUGGCGAAUCAAUGUUGCAUUCUCUAACAGAUCAACUUUCCUACCGAUUAUUAUCAUACAUAUACAAAAAACUGAUGGAGAUUUUGAAAGUUUUGAAAUAAAUGAGGCAAUGUUUCACAGACUUCGUUUCAACGUAGCUUCUUUACUUCACGAAUUACAAACCAUGGAAAGACGACAAAGCGUGACGAAAUCGUGAAAUUGUGUUUUCCUUCUCACAAAUAUAUUAGAUAUAAAGAAUGAAUAGUUACA